GUAAAAUAUCAAUCCAUGCUCUCCCAAAUUAUCAACAUAUCAAGCUGGAACCCGGUAAAGCUCGAUCUCAAAACACGUCAUACAACUCGCCGGCAGCCUUAUCUGCUGGAUCGAGGCAGGAAACCAUUGGAUCACAGGAAAUUAUUGUGUUACGCGUGUUACGCAUGAAGGAUUGAGGAGAACCCAAUCUUAGAGCUCCCCACCGCCGGAGGGGUACCCUGCUAAUUUUAACUCCCGCUAGUCGAAACAAUACAAGGCUGAGACCUGAAGACACAAUCUACUGGGUACAUUACGGUCGCACUGUAAGAACAUUUCGACCAAUAAAGCCUAGCUCAGGUAAUAUGCUCCCGUACGAUAAGGCUCAGUGUUUCUAGAAGCUUUUGAUUAGAAAACAUUACAUUGAAGCUACAUGACGCAAAACUUACCCAUUUCCUCAAUAUCAACCAAAUCAACAUUCAGCCCUCAUCGCUGCAUUAUAAAAUCUUUUCAGUACAAACCCCACGAAUUGAUAUUAUACAAUGGCCGACGACAAUACGCCGAGUAUUCCAGCAGCGACAGACGCUCCUAUCGCUCCAGUUGCCAUCUUCAAAAAACGAGGCGCAAAGGGGAAAGCCAAUAUCCGAAAACGCCCAGCGACACCGCCGCCUGCCAACAGCGACAGUGACGAUUACACAUCAUCCGAAGACGAAUCAGGACAACGAGUCAAGCGACGCAAGAAGAAUACCGCCGUAGUGACAGCUUCAUCCAAGGAUAACGUAACACGAACCGACCGAAAUCACGGCGCCACCAUCUUCGAAGCUGAUCGUAGUGUACCUAUCACAAGUACAAACGAUGCUACAAAACAGACAAAUUGGUUUGAUGAGGACGCAAACCUACUAGGAAAGACGCGACCUCUUCCCAAAUCCAAAGAUGCAGUAGCAGACCCUUCCAUACAACCCGAUGGGACCUACAAAGGUCUCGCCAACCAGACCAAAUUCAUACAGAAGAAUCCGAACGCGCCCAAUCGGACGGUCGGGCCUAUCAAGGCUGCCACCAACAUCAGGACCAUCACAGUCACCGACUUCGCGCCUGAUGUAUGCAAAGACUACAAGCAGACAGGCUUCUGUGGUUUCGGGGAUAACUGCAAGUUCCUCCAUGCUCGUGAGGACUAUAAACAAGGCUGGCAGCUGGAUAAGGAGUGGGAAAACGUAAACAGAGGGAAGAAGAACCUGGGCGGAAAAGUAAUGGCCAGCGCCAAUCGCGGCGCAAAUGCCGACGAAGGUGACGUUGACGCAGCCGAAGAAGCUUUACUCGAAAAAAUACCGUUCGCCUGUAUCAUCUGCAAGGGGCCGUAUAAAGAGCCUAUUGUGACUAGAUGUCAACACUACUUCUGCUUGCCGUGCGCAUUACAGAGGUAUAGAAAAGAUCCGAGCUGUGCUGCCUGCGGCGCGGGUACAGGAGGUGUUUUCAAUACUGCGAAGACGCUAGCCAAAUUAUUAGAGAAGAAAAAGGAACGACAAGCGAAGAAGAGACAGAAAGCCAUUGAAGCAGGAGAAGACGUAUCCGAUGAGGAAGAGGUGCCGGGGAAGUGAUUAAUUGGUUAGAGUUCCAUGACGAGAUCAGUAUAAGAUACCCUUGAAGUUACUCAAAGCUAAGAUACUGGCAAGCUAAGGCUAUAGUAUCCAAAUAGUCGAGAUAUCUAGCCCGAGGCUGCUUUCGGUAAUAGAUGCUGCCUUCAAUGUUUGAGUGGCUGAGAACAUUGGCGCCUGGCUUGGAUGUUAUACAGAUGAGCAAAUACCGCCCAUCCCUUACUUCGUAGCUCAGCACUAUAUGUUAGACAUUGAUACUUGAGCAAUCACUUAAAGGGACACGUAGACAUAUCAGUUAGUAGAUAUAUUAGUUAAACAACUCCUAUGGAAAUAUAGAAUAUACCUAAAA